CCCGAGCUGGUCCACGUGGCGGAGAAGAACCUAUCCCAGAUCGAGAGCAUCCAUGGCUACGUGUCUCACUCGCACAUCUCCCCCAUGAAGGCCAAUUCCCCACCCGUAAUUGUGAACACCGACACCUUAGAAGCACCAGCUUAUGUAAAUGGAACAGAAGGUGAAAUGGAGUACGAAGAGAUAACUUUGGAACGGGGCAACUCUGGUUUGGGGUUCAGCAUCGCCGGCGGCACCGACAACCCCCACGUGGGGGACGACCCCAGCAUCUUCAUCACCAAGAUCAUCCCCGGGGGAGCCGCUGCGCAAGACGGCCGGCUACGGGUGAACGACAGCAUCCUCUUCGUGAACGACGUGGACGUGCGGGAGGUCACGCACAGCACGGCGGUCGAGGCGCUGAAGGAGGCCGGCUCCAUCGUGCGCCUGUACGUCAUGCGCAGGAAGCCCCUGGCUGAGAAAGUGAUGGAGAUCAAGCUGAUCAAGGGCCCCAAAGGUCUCGGCUUCAGCAUCGCGGGUGGCGUCGGGAACCAACACAUCCCCGGGGACAACAGCAUCUACGUCACCAAGAUCAUCGAGGGCGGGGCGGCCCACAAGGACGGGCGCCUGCAGAUCGGGGACAAGAUCCUGGCGGUGAACAACGUGAGCCUGGAGGACGUCAUGCACGAAGACGCGGUGGCUGCCCUGAAGAACACGUACGACAUCGUCUACCUGAAGGUGGCCAAGCCCACCAACGUGUACCUGAACGACUCGUACGCCCCGCCGGACCUCACGUCGUCUUACUCCCAGCACCUGGACAACGAGAUCGGCCACCAGAGUUACCUGGGCACAGACUACCCACAAGCCAUGACCCCCACCUCGCCUCAGAGGUACUCCCCCAUCCCGAAGGAGCUGCUGGGCGAGGAGGACAUACCCAGGGAACCGCGCCGAAUCGUCAUCCACCGCGGCUCGACGGGGCUGGGCUUCAACAUCGUGGGCGGCGAGGACGGCGAGGGCAUUUUCAUCUCCUUCAUCCUGGCCGGGGGCCCGGCCGACCUCAGCGGGGAGCUCCGGAAAGGGGACCAGAUUCUCACGGUCAACGGCGUGGACCUCCGAAACGCGACGCACGAGCAGGCGGCCAUCGCCCUGAAAAACGCCGGGCAGACGGUCACCAUCAUCGCUCAGUACAAGCCCGACGAGUACAGCCGCUUCGAGGCCAAGAUCCACGACCUCCGGGAGCAACUGAUGAACAGCAGCUUGGGCUCAGGGACGGCGUCGCUGCGGAGCAACCCCAAGCGGGGCUUCUACAUCCGGGCGCUCUUUGACUACGACAAGACCAAGGACUGCGGCUUCCUGAGCCAGGCGCUGAGCUUCCACUUCGGGGACGUGCUGCACGUGAUCGACGCUUCCGACGAGGAGUGGUGGCAAGCCCGGCGUGUCCACCCGGACGGCGACAGCGACGAGAUGGGAUUCAUCCCCAGCAAGAGGCGGGUCGAGCGGCGAGAGUGGACACGGCUAAAAGCGAAGGAUCGGGUGCCGGGAUCGGGCUCUCAAGGUCGAGAAGACGCGGUCUUCAGCUACGAGACGGUUGUCCAGAUGGAAGUUCACUACGCCCGCCCCAUCAUCAUCCUGGGCCCCACAAAGGACCGCGUCAACGACGACCUCCUCUCGGAGUUCCCGGACAAAUUCGGAUCCUGCGUCCCACACACCACGCGGCCGAAACGGGAGUACGAGGUGGACGGGCGGGACUACCAUUUCGUGGCCUCGCGGGAGAAGAUGGAGAAGGACAUUCAGGGCCACAAGUUCAUCGAGGCCGGCCAGUACAACAGCCACCUGUACGGGACGAGUGUCCAGUCAGUGCGCGAGGUGGCCGAGCAGGGGAAGCACUGCAUCCUGGACGUCUCGGCCAAUGCUGUGCGAAGGCUCCAGGCGGCGCAGCUCCACCCCAUCGCCGUCUUCAUCCGGCCGCGCUCCCUCGAGAACGUGCUAGAAAUUAACAAGCGGAUAACGGAGGAGCAGGCACGGAAGGCCUUCGACAGAGCCACCAAGCUGGAGCAGGAGUUCACAGAGUGCUUCUCAGCCAUUGUAGAAGGAGACAGCUUCGAGGAGAUCUACCACAAGAUCAAGAGGGUCAUCGAGGAGCUCUCCGGCCCCUACAUCUGGAUCCCGGCCCGCGAGAGACUUUAAGACCUCUGGACUGACUUUUCCAGGAAUGGGAACCGACAAGAACACGGCCACCGGCUCUGCGGCGGAGCCGCCUCCGGAAAGGGGGACCGGCUCUGUCUCUUGCCACUGAACUUAGCUGUUUGGUUAAU